AUGUGUGCUAGACUGUCUCUUGUAACUCUAUGCUGUGUGACACUGGCUGUUUGGCUGUGUUGUGGAGCUUAUACAGAGGCUUCUGUGCUCAACCUGAAGCGUUUCAUCGGCUGUGCAGUCAGAGAAUUUUCCUUUCUGGCCCGUAAGCCGGGAUGCAGUGGGCUGCACAUCACCACCGAUGCCUGCUGGGGACGCUGUGAGACUUGGGAAAAACCAGUCCUGGACCCGCCCUUCAUCGAGUCGCACCAGCGCGUGUGCACUUAUAAUGAAACUCGAUUAGAGACGGUGCAGCUGCCGAACUGCUCCGCAGACAUGGAGCCGUCCUACACAUAUCCAGUGGCCCUCCGGUGUGAUUGUGGGGUUUGUCUCACCAGCACCACUGAAUGCAUCACUUCGGUCUGAUGGAGAAAUCAGCCUCCACUUUAGUUAUGGUUAAAACACCAAAGAGUAUUGUGCACUGCAGGAAUAAAUAAUAAUUUAUCAAAAAAUCUAUUUGUUUGAUGUCUAUGUACAUGUGGGAGAGAUUUUACUUUCAAAUGGUCACUGUGUGUUACAUUCUCAUCUUCUUUGUAUUUUCCUUCUCCUUUUUUCAUGAAAAGAGCAAAACUGAAUAAAACUGAAUAAAACUGCAUUACUGCA